AUGAUUUCAAACGAACGUGUGGUUGUGUUCCAAGAUGGAGACUCGGUUGAUAUUAGAAGGUCAUCAACUAAGAAUCAAGAUAGGGCACCUUUGUUGAAUAAUUUCUAUUUUAGGAAUAACCAUUUAUCAAAACAGCAUGCGGCGAUUAAGUAUCACAAUGGCAGGUUUUCAAUAUGGGAUACCUCAACUUUUGGAACUAUUGUUAAUGACCAGGUUAUCACCAAGGAGUACCCUUACCCCUUACAGAAUGGAGAUAAAUUGGCAUUCAUCAUAUCACAGCCCUCGCUGCUUAUCAAGCGCGUGUUGAAAGAUAACUCGGGUCACAAAAGCAUCUCUCUUGAAUGCUUUGGAAAUCCAGAAUUGGGUAUGCAAUUUGAGGUGGACAUUGAAAAUAACGUUUUGAAGCUAAUUCCAAUCGACAAAAGCGCAAGUCCAACUAAUAACUCAAUGACAGUGUCCCGCGAAGAACAAGAAGAGAAAAAGAGUAACGAAGAAGAACAGGAGGAGAAAGAGGAGGAGGAAGAAGAAGAGGAGGAAGAAGAAGAGGAGGAAGAGGAGGAGGAAGAAGAAGAGGAGGAAGAGGAGGAGGAAGAGGAAGAAGAGAUGGUCACUAUUGAUGAAUUGGGUGACAUUGCUUCAACAGAUGAUCUGAUCAAUUCUUGUUGUCCGGAGAUGGAGGCUAGUGAAAUAUUGAGUAUCAACAUUAGUGACAACGACGAAGAAAGCUUUGGGUUUGUCGAUGAGACCUUGUGGUCAGAUUCUGAAAAUAAUGACCUUAUUCGUCAUCUGCCUCACGAAGAAACCCCAAGCGAAGACGAGGCGAACAGUUCCAAUGAGGCUAACAGUUCCGAUGAGGUUAACAGUUCCGAUGAGGCCAACAGUUCCGAUGAGGCCAACAGUUCCAAUGAGGCUAACAGUUCCAAUGAGGCUAACAGUUCCAAUGAGGCUAACAGUUCCGAUGAGGCUCCCAGUGAGUACAAUUUGCAUACACAUCACACUAUCCCUUGGUGCAGCAGCGAAGACGAUAACAAUUCAGUCCUUGCCAAUGAAGAUACUAGGAAGCAGCAGCAAACCAAAGAUAUUGACUCAGAAUGCGAAUGUGAACACGAGCUCUCAGCUCACUGGAGCUCCUCUCAAGCCGAAGAUGACUCCCUUUCGUCAGAUGCUUCAGACUCAAGUUUCACUGCUACUACCCCAGUAAAAAGAAAGAGAAAUACAUUUACAUCAAGCAAAUUCAUUGGAGAAGAUACCGAUGACGACCAAUCAGAUACAGCAAACCCCGUCUCUUCUGUGUUGUACCUUGAUUCUGAAUACGAGAUUGUAAGGUGCCACAUUGAAUCUCCUAUUAGGACUCCCAGUUCCAAAAAGAGAUCUUAUGCCGAUAUACAUGCAGAAAAGGUCUACUAUAAAAAUUCUAAUUCGGAACGAACAGAAGCUGAUUAUGAUAAACAACAUAUCAAUGAUAAUAGUACAAUGGAUGAUAUAAAGCCACCACCACUUAAGAAGGCAAAUACAGAAAAAUCCAAGCUUGAUACGGUCUUGAAAGAGGUGGGAAAAGGGCUAUUCUACGUUUGCGCCACAGUCACGGCACUUGGAAUUUAUGGCUCACAUAUUUCUUCAAAAGAUGAUACUUGA